CAACGAUGUCCCGGAAGUAAGCCUGGCAGAGACCUCCUCGCCGAUUUCUCUGAAGUGGCUGACUUCGGCCUAACUUAUCUUAUCCAAAUUGCCUAAGAUAAUGUAAUUAUUACAAAAUUUAACUAUUUUUUUUAAUUCGAUAUUUUUUGCAAGUUUGAGAACGAUGUGGACUGCCGAUGAUGUGGCAAAAAUGUGCUACGAGCGUUUUGAUGGACUUCCGAAGAGGGGCAAGCCUGAACCGGGGAGAGAGUGGACCCUGUUGGCCGGUGUUGUAAAAGUCACCCAGAGUGUCGACAGUGGGAAAGUUGAAAAGGAGGUGGUAUCUUUAGGAACUGGGACAAAAUGUAUUGGCCGCACAGCCAUGAGCUCCAAGGGUGAUGUACUUAAUGACAGUCAUGCAGAAGUCAUUGCCCGACGGGGAUGUGUAAGGUACCUGACAGAGCAGCUGCGCCGGGCGGUGUGUGGCCAGGGCAGUGUGGUGUUCUGUGAGGCCGAGGAGCAGGGCCUCUGGGGGCUGCGGCCGGGGGUCUCCUUUGUCUUCUUCACCAGUCACACACCCUGUGGAGACGCUUCCAUCAUCCCCAUGACUGACCGAGAAGUUCAACCGUGUCCUCCUGUUGGAUCCACUGAUCCGCCUCAGGGAUCCAAUGAGGUGACAGCGGGGGGCGGGACCUCAAAAAGGAAAGGAGAUGAGCCGGCGAGACGAGGACAACCCUGCAAACAGCCUCGUUUAGAGGGCCCGGAGAGGGAGGACGGCGGGCGUGAGCCGAAAGGAGAGAAGCCUCAUUUGCAGUCAUCCGCAAGGGGUCCAACAUCAAGCAGGGAACCUUCCAAGCAAGCAGAAGCCACAACCAACCACCCACUCCCUGUCCCAGAGCAGCCAGAGAACGGGGGCUCAGACGGUGCUCGGGCCCCCAGCGGAGAGGACCCGGCUCCGGCCCCGGCUCCGGCCCCGGACGUCCACAGAACGGGGGCCAAGUGCGUCCCAGGGACCACCGCAGACCCCCGCCUGCCAGGAGUGGCCUACCACAGCACGGGGGUGCUGCGUGUGAAGCCAGGCCGCGGGGAGCCCACCCUGUCCCUCUCCUGCAGCGACAAGCUGGCCCGCUGGGGCGUGCUGGGCUUCCAGGGUGCGCUGCUGUCCCACUUCCUGCAAGGGGCGCUGUACUUCAGCGCAGUAGUGGUGGGGAGGGGUGCCUAUGAACACCAGGCUCUGCUGCGGGCUCUGGUUGUCAGGUGCUCCCACAUAUCUGAGCUCCCUCCAGGCUUCUCGGUGUCUCCCCCCACGCUGCUCCAGUCCAGCCUGGAGUUCUCCUGCAGCCAAACCCAGACGGAGCUGCGCCACCAGGCCACACAGGGCAGGGUGGGCCCCUGUGGGGCAGCGAUUAGCUGGUGUGAUGUGCCUGGUGAACCACUAGAUGUCACUGCUAACGGAUACAAGCACGGCGCCACCAAAAAAGCCCUGGGAACGCCUAAGGCAAGGUCUCUCCUCUGUAAAGUGGAGCUGUUCCAUUCCUUCUUGUCUGUCGUGUCUGCCACCGACCCAUCCCGCCUGCCUAACUCUGUCAGAGGGAAGGAGCUGAGGAGCUACUGGGACUAUAAGCAGGCAUCUCAGGCCUACCAGCAAGCCUGGCAGCAGCUCCGCAUGCAGGCCUUCCCUUUGUGGCCGCGCAGUGACAGAGACCUCCUGGUGUUCCGGUAAAGAAAUGGUGAACUGACACCACAUUGAUGAAAGUAUUACUCAUAUUCGAAGCCUGUGAGACAGUUGUCUUGUCUGUUGUCUGGGUCAUCCAGGCCACUCUGACAUUUUUAAGCAUUCAAUGCAUCAAUAACAAGGGGCUCUGUAUCUGAAGUCCCACUGGUGAACUUUGACCUGAUCGGGGUGCAGAGAGGCCGGUCAGCAGGCCGCUAAUCUUAGCGUGUCCUCAGAGGACGGCUGUUUUCGUCCACCGGCCGUACUUCACCCCAACAACAAAAAUACAGCUGGACACCCCGGGCUCAGUGGGACUUGUGGCCGUGAGGGGGGGGAAAGAAAGGGCUUACACAAUGGGCAGAGCUCCGCUGUCCAAGACCGGUCCUAGAAAACGGGGGAAGUGGACUCUCCUGCAUGCGUCAGCAGGGGAGCAGGCUGGCCUCGCGCUAGCGCAUCAACACAUUAAAAAACCCUGACGAUUGUUUGCUGGAGCACAAUGGCUUCUUCUCUGCCCUCUCAUCAUUUUGCGCCACUAAAAGUGUGUAGAUCUUCCCUGGUCAUGCUUGUGCAUGUUUUUUUUUCUACUACUGUAUAUAUGUCUGCAUGAUACCAGCUCAUUUUAAGGACAUUUGUCGGUUUGGUUUCAUGGGGAGCCCUGAAUGUGUUAAGUGAUGGUGGGGCCAAGCCGAUAUGAGUGGUGGGAUAGCAGUUGGCAAGGGGAAUGCUGCUGCCAGACAAGGAAUGUGAUGACAUUGAACAGUGCUAAAUAAUUAUAUGUUCGACAGUUGGUGCUUUGUUAUUGAAUAUAGAUGGAGCUUAUACCAUUAGCCUGAGCAUUUUGGUGGCCUGGUGUCAUUAAUUAAAUGCUUACUUCCUAUAAUUAGGUAAUUAACCAUGAAUUGUUCAAGAACAACUGACAUAUUGUGUUAAAGUAUCAUUUGUUUUAUUGCACGGCUUUGUUAAAUACUUUAUUCUGAUUGUUCAAUUAGGGCAUCUAGCUGUCUGUUCAAAUUGCAACUUCUAUGAAUGACCGAUUUGAAGCUGAAUAUUGACGCUAUUUCCAACCAUAACAUUUUAGUGGAAGCAAUAAAACCUUUUUUUUU